AUGUCUUUCCCUCAGCCCGUUCCCCCGUCCUGGAAGGACCUCGGCAAGUCGUCGAACGACCUUCUCGCGAAGGACUACCCCUUCACGGCGACGACCCUCGAGGUCAAGACGACGACUCCGUCCGGCGUGGCCUUCAAGGUCGCCGGCGCGCGCGACAAUAAGUCGAACUUGAUCGCUGGGGACAUUGAGGCCAAGUACUCGUCCAAGCCCCACGGCCUGACGCUCACCAACGCCUGGACGACGUCCAACACCCUGCGCUCGCUCGUCGAGAUCGACAACCAGCUCGCAAAGGGCCUCAAGAUCGACGUCGCUGCCUCGAUCACCCCCGACAAGGGCACCAAGGGCACCCUCCUCAACCUCGCCUACAAGCAGCCCGGUGUCCACACCCGCGCCGUCCUUGACGUCUUCAAGGGCCCCACCAUCACCGCCGACACCGUCUUCGGUCGCGAUGGCUUCCUCGUCGGUGCCGAGGCGUCGUACAACGUCACCGAGGGCAAGCUCACCAAGUACGCUGCCGCCGCUGGCUUCUCCGCCCCGGAGUACGCCGUCACGAUCCACGGUCUCUCCAACCUCUCGACCUUCUCCGCGAGCUACUACCACAAGGUCUCGAAGGACGUCGAGGCCGGCGCCCGUGCCAUCUACGACACCCGUGCCACCACCUCCGGCGUCGCACUCGAGGUCGGCACCAAGGCCUACCUCGACAACGCCUCGUUCGUCAAGGCCAAGAUCAACAACAACGGCGUUCUUGCUCUUGGCUACACCCAGGCGCUCCGCCCCGGCGUCAAGGCCUCGUUCGGUCUUGCGCUCGACACCCAGCGCUUGAACGUUGUCUCCGACCAGGUCCCGCACAAGGUCGGCGCCAGCUUCACCUUUGAGGCGUAA